AUGGAACUACGCUUAUGUCCGCCGCCGUAUGUCAUCGGAGACGGCGUUCGACUCUUCUUACAGCCGCUUAAACGCCUUGACGGCUUCCGCAGUUACCCUUUCCUGCCAAAUUUGCAGGUCAAAUGUACUACACUCACCAAACAAACCCACCGAUUCCUCUCCACGUUGUCCACAACCGGGGCCACCGGUGACCAAUCGGCGACCAAUCGCCUAAUUCGGAAGUUUGUAGCUAGUUCUCCUAAAUCGAUUACUCUCAGUGUUCUCUCAAAUAUCGUCUCCACUCACACGCCUCAACCUGAGCUCUGCUCUGCCGCUCUCACUUUAUAUUCUAGAAUUACUGAAGCGUCUUGGUUCACAUGGAAUUCCAAGCUAGUUGCUGACCUUGUUGCCUUCCUCGGUCAAAAUGGACUGUACAGUGAGUCGGAAGCCCUAAUUUCCGAGGCAAUUUCUAAGUUAGGGUCUCAAGAAAGAAAACUUGUGAAUUUCUACUCCCAGCUAGUUGAAUCUCAAUCCAAACACGGUUUUGAAAGAGGAUUUGGUGACUCCUAUUCUCGCCUUUUUGAGCUUCUUUAUAAUUCGCCUUCAGUUUAUGUUAAACGUCGAGCUUAUGAAUCAAUGGUUACUGGUUUGUGCUCCAUGAAAAGACCUCACGAGGCUGAGAGUUUGGUAAAAGAAAUGAGGAGUAAAGGAAUUACGCCUACUGCAUAUGAAUAUAGGUCCAUUAUUUACGCCUAUGGAACGUUGGGAUUGUUUGAAGAGAUGAAGAGGAGUUUGAAGCAGAUGGAGAAUGACAACAUUGAGUUAGACACAGUUUGUUCCAACAUGGUUCUUUCAUCGUAUGGUGCUCAUAACAAGCUUGGAGAUAUGCUUCUAUGGCUUCAAAGAAUGAAAACUUCCUCGCAUUGUAAAUCCUCUGUUCGGACUUACAAUUCUGUCUUGAAUUCAUGUCCGAAGAUUACAUCAAUGUUACAAGAUCACAAGAGCGGCGAUUUGCCAGUUUUGAUCGAAGACUUAAUCGCGAUUCUAGACGGUGACGAGGAGGCUUUGUUGGUUAAAGAGUUGUUGGUUGGUUCAUCUGUAUUGAAUGAGAUAAUGGUGUGGGAUGCAAUGGAGUUGAAGUUGGAUUUGCAUGGAGCACAUGUUGGUGCAGCUUAUGUGAUCAUGUUACAGUGGAUCAAGGAGAUGAGACUCAACUUUGAGGAUGAGAGCAAUGUGAUUCCAGCACAAGUUACAUUGAUUUGUGGAUCUGGAAAACACAGUAUUGUCAGAGGAGAGUCUCCUGUUAAAGCUUUGAUUAAAGAGAUUAUGGUUCGAACAGAAAGUCCUCUGAGAAUCGAUCGAAAGAACACCGGUUGCUUCAUCUCAAAAGGAAAAGCUGUGAAGAAUUGGUUAUGUUCACUACCAGGAAAAAAGGAUACUGUAGCUAAUAGAAAAUGCUAUAAAAGACCUUUUAUACCGAAGCCUUAACAUUCCAUGUUAUUAAAAUUCUAUAACGAAUGCUCUUCCGUGA